CUGCUUGAAGACAGAGAGUGUAUUACUCAUCGAUGGUUUAGAGAGGAUAUUGAUAUAGGUUUAGAGGGGCAUGAUGGCUAGUUUGGAUGGAAAGGAGGGUCGUGAUGGGAAGGAUGGGGGGAAAGAGGAGGCGUCGGGGACGAGGAAGAGGGUGCAGCAUCCGAAGGUUAGGUCUGGGUGCUUGACGUGCAAGAAGAGGAGGGUGAAGUGUGAUGAGAGGAAACCUCUUUGUCUUCGAUGUGAAAAGUUUGGCGUCAAAUGCGACGGAUACCUUCGUCCUGUACGUGUACAUCUCGAACCAACAAAGACCGCGCACCGGAUUCUAGUCCCUCGAAAGAGAAGUUCAACGACCCCUCCAACAACGCCUCCAUUCGAAGUCAAGAAACCCAGAUUCUCAAACGAGGACGAAAUGAGAUAUUUCAGACUUUUCUGUGAAAAGACCUCGUAUCACCUUAGCGGGUAUAACGAUCCUAACCUCUGGACACGAAUCGUGCUCCAAGCCUCCGAAGCCGAUGAUUCGAUACGCCAUGCCGUGAUCUCCAUCGGAGCCCUGGACAUGACGACGGCCAUGAUGCGGGACCUGGAGAACUCGAAUGCGAGGGAGCAUCAUUUCUUUGCGUUGAAGCUGUAUAGCAAAGCGAUCCGAGGCAUGCGAGAGGUGGUUUUGCGACAAAAAGAGAAGCAUGACAUGCAAACGGCGCUCGUGGCCAGCAUGCUCAUCGUCUGUUUCGAGACCUACCACGGAAACUACGCUUCAGCCGCUCAACAGAUCCGCACGGGGGUCCGCUUGAUCGAAGACCAGAAAUCGAAGAACGACGGGUGGGCAGUCGAGGAAGAUCUCAUCCGUGUAUUUGAUCGACUUGACGUGCAGUCCAUGUCUCAUUCCGACCCCUACUCCAUCGACGAGCACAUGGUGCUCAAAAACGUCUACGCGGCCGAUCUCGAAAACCUCCCGCCUGUAUUCUUGGAUAUCAAGACGGCGAGGGAUUAUUUUAACUUUAUGUCCCGCCGAGUAUGCCAUUUUGCGCCGAUAGCGUGGAAGCUCAAACACAGCGAUUCGCAAAAAUCUUCACAUAGCGUGUCUGAUUAUAUCAAUAAGAACUGGUUGGUGACCAUGAUUGAGGAACUGGGGAAGUUCGUCAGGCUCUCAGAAGCGUGGAUGGAGUCCUUCACGCCCUUGUACAUGAAAGCGCGAGAAGAAGCGAAGCAGAAGUCACCCAGUAAACGGCUAAGCAACAGUUCAAUGCUAGCACUUGCAUUGUCGAACUAUUGCCUCUGCAUGCGAGUCGCGUUCCGGCAUUUCCUCGACGCAAAUGAGAUCGCGUGGGAUAAAUCGAAUGCAGAGUUCCGCGAGAUUCUCGAGAACGUUGAAGUCCUGAUGGCGAACCAAGAUGAUUAUGUAUUCUCGUUUGAUCUGCGGACUGUGUGGCCAUUAGAUGUGGUGGCGAAGAAGUGUAGAGUAAGUGCUAUGCGAUGGCGGGCGAUUCAGUUGUUGAAAGAGAAGCCGAGGAGAGAGGGGAUUUGGGAUAGUGUUGUUGCGGCGAUGGUCGGUGAGUGGGUUAUUAAUAUUGAAGAGGAAGGGAUGCUCGACGAUGGUACCGUGCCGGAAAGUUCUAGAGUGAGGAAUAUUGGGGUAGAGCUGGAUUCGGAGAAUCGAAAGGCGAAAGUUUGGUGCUAUCUCCCUGCCUCGGAUGGAUCUGGUGAUCAAGACCUGCUGCCGCGGAAGAGACAGACGUACCUGGAAUGGGGGAGCUCACGGUGGAAUGGCGGUUUUGUAGAUGUCAUGAAGUCGGGAGAUCCAUACCAAUCGGGUUUGAGGAAACGAGAUGAGGAUUUUAUUGCUGUGGAAGAGGAGAAGAGUAUGUCGAUGUACUUCAAUGCCAGGCCGUUUGAAGGUGCCGAUGAUACGGCCUCGGACAUCUCCCCACAGGUCGGCUUCUAGAUUGUCUCCCAGUCACAUGAGCUGGAAUGUACAUAGAGCAAGGCCAGCUGGCUUUCUAUUCGACCUGGGAAGCCUGAGUAUAAUACCGUAACAAUUGGAAUAUAAGAUAAAAC